AUGGCUGCCAGAGAUGGGGAAGAAAUCGUGGCCACUCUCUUUGGCGACAUUCACUACUUUUACGAUGGUGAAGAUGUCACGCCACGGCAUCAUCGGUUCGACAAAGGCUCGUACGUGUAUUUAUUCGAAAAUGCCCAUGAGCGCCGCUGUCGCAUCGAGAUUGCGAACCAUGCCGGCACCGAGGACCAGGAUGCCUUUGACGGAUUCUUGGACCAAACUCAUGUGCGAUAUUCCUACAAGCAGAACUGCAUGGUUUCCUUGACUGUGGCGCAAAACGUCCCCCAGGACGAAUGGCACCUCCCCACCUACGACCCGCGCAACGAGAACAAAUACCACUAUAAGCUUCACUCGCUCGACAUUUACUUUUGGACAGAUGGGGAUGCGCUGCAGUUCAUUAGUGGCGUCCGGCGAGUCCUUCCGCCUGCCCAAGUCGAGGUUCUCGAUGAGUCGGUCGUCGUCCAACCCGGUGCUAUGAGCGCCGUCGUCCAGAACCUGGAACAGGUCGCCAUUUCCGAUCCGCAGUACGCCGAGCGCCAGAGCUCGGCCAGGUCGACGUCGACGCAGCAGAACAGCAUUCCGGUUCCGUCCAGCGCAAGCACGGCGCUGUCUAUGGAUAAUUUGCCGCCUCCACCGCCGAUGCCGCAGUACAUGCAACAGCAGCAACAGCAGCAGCAACAGCAGAAAGCAGCAACUAACUUUGCUCCGAUGGCGUACAAUCCGGCGGCACCGGUUGCUCCAGAGACGGUCGUGCAUCGCGAAAAGACGCCGCCGCCCGACGAAGACCCGCUCAACCCCCUCGCUGUCGCCGUCGCUCACGACUACCAGGGACAACCCUUCACGCCCGCAUUCCCCCACACCCAGUUUCCUGCCGGGGUUGCGAGCCCGGGAUUCGCCCCCAGCGGCAUGGCCAGCCCGCGCAUGGCGCCGCCAUCCUUCGGAGGUCCGCCCGCGCAGCCCGGCAUCCACCGCGCGCAGACGAUGCCGGUGCAUGCUGGCCUGGCCUCACCCGGACUGAAUAGCGGAUUCCCUGGCGCCAGCGUGCCUGGACCGCCCAGCUUCGCACCGCCUCCCACUGCCGCACAGUCGCCGCCGGCCGCACCGGCAUCGGCACCGGCACCGGCACCAGUCCAGCCGCCGCCGCCCGUGGCCAGCGCCGUAGCCUCGCCACCACCACUGGGCGGCUACUCCAACUAUAACUACAGCAACCCAACACCGGCGCAAAACGGGGGGCUGGACUAUUCCAUCCAUCAGCAGGUGUAUCGGCCGACCGAGGUGGAGAUGAGUGCUAAGCUGCAGCCGUACCAGCCGAAGCAGGAGACGAAGAGCAAAUUGGAGCAGAAGGCGGGGAAGCUGGAGAAUGGUGUGACUGGGAUGCUCAAGAGGUUUGAGAAGAAAUUUGGAUAA